AUGAGGAGGUUAAACGGCGCUUCUUGGGAGGGGUUAGAUGAGAUUGUGCGCCAGGUUCCGCCUGCUGAGAAGCUAUUCAUAGGAGGGGAUUUCAAUGGUCAUAUUGGGUCGACUGCAGGUGGUUAUGGUGAAGUGCACGAAGGCUUCGGUUUUGGGGAAAGGAACGGAGGAGGUACCUCGCUGUUGUACUUCUCUAAGGCUUUUGGGUUGGUUAUUGCGAACUCUAGCUUUCCGAAAUGGGAGGAGCAUUUGGUUACUUUGCAAAAUGCGGUGGCAAAGACUCAGAUUGACUAUCUCCUCCUCAGGAGGGGUGACAGAGGGCUGUGCAAGGAUUGCAAGGUGAUCCCGAGUGAGAUACUCGCGAUGCAGCAUAAGCUUUUGGUGAUGGACGUUGGUAUUAUAUUAAGGAGGAGGAAAAGGUCUGCUCGAGGAAGACCGAGAAUCAGGUGGGGAACCUUAAAAUAA